GGUCAAGUCAGUAGCAAAUAAACGAUCGUCGUGAGAGAACGCAUUUUUAUUUCAAGCCUCAAGCCUCAUUCAAAACUGAACUUUAUUGCAACAACAUAUGGUCCAUAAUCGAGCCGGAUAAGUUGCAGUGAGCAAAUAUUAGAUUGCAAUAUUGUGAAUGUGAAACAACAAUUAGUCAUCGCGCGACUGAUUCAUACAAUUGAAGUUAUAAGUUUUAACAACAAAAUUAUUUACAAAGUAAUUAUGUCGUCGGUUGAACAAUUAUUAGAACAACUGGAGGAUUGUGCUACUUUGAUUAAAAAGGCUUUAAUAAAUCACAAAAAAGCCCCAAAAGCUAGAUUAACAAAGGGAUAUUUGAAAGUGAGAUCUCAAGUUGUAGAUGAUUAUUGGUCAACGUUUAAGGAUCUUCAUGGAUCUCUUCUAAAGUUAGUACCGCAACAGGAAAGGAAAACAUUACCAUACUUCGUAAAUGAAGAAUAUGACUUGUGCGAAGAACAAUACAUUUUGUUGAAGACAGAAUUAACGGAUUUGUUGGAAUCGAGUUCAAGUACUUCGACGGCCGUAGCGGAUUGUAAAGGAGAAGUGCAGUGGGUUGCGUCGGAAGCUAAAUUACCUAGAAUGGAUUUACCAACAUUUUCGGGUUGUUAUGAAAAUUGGCGAAGCUAGUGCUACAUUGAAGCAUUAUCAAACUACUGAUAACAAUUAUAUUCCAGCUUGGGAUACGCUCAAAAAACGUUAUAGUCAUAAACGACUGAUAUUAAAUUCAUAUUUAAAAAAGUUAUUUAUGCAAAAAAAGGUUCAAAUUCAGUCUUCAAGUCAGCUAAAAUCAUUUAUCGAUGUAACUAAAGAAUGUAUUAUUGGUUUAAAAAACAUAGGGAUUUGCACGGAGUCUUGGGAUCCAAUUUUGUUAUUUAUUUCGUCUCAAAAAUUAGACCACGAAACGCAUAAAGAAUGGGAAGAUUACGUUAGUUCAACUCUCAAUUUAACAUCUGAUGUAUUUCCCACUUUCAAUAAUUUGGUUACGUUCUUAGAAGGAAGAAUUCAUGCUUUAGAGUUAACAACGACAGGCAAUAGAACUUUAAAAGAACGCUCAUAUCAUGUCGCGAAUAUUAAUGAUAAAAUUUGUAUUUUUUGCAACAAAGAUAAUCAUAUUCUUAGUCAUUGUAAGGAAUACGGGAAACUACAACCGAAAGAACGCAGCGCCUUCGCAAAAUUAAAAGGUUUAUGUUAUAAUUGUUUAGUACCGGGCCAUACACUUAUAUAUUGUAAUCACAAGGCAUCGUGCAGAAUAUGUGGUAAACGACAUCAUUCCCUCCUUCAUGAACCUGGAAAGAAAAGCUUUACUCAAGAAGAAAAUCAAAACUCGACACAAUUAUCUUUGCAUACUAAUGUAGAAGAACAACAUGAAGAAGAUGAUAUUUUAGAAGAGGUCAAUAUUAGCGAUGCUACAAUAACUUCACACAUGGCUACACAACCAUCUACGGCGUUACUCGCAACUGCUAUUUUACCUGUCAAGGGGACGUCAGGACAAGUAUAUUAUUUACGUGCUCUGAUCGAUCAAGGCUCUCAGGCGACGUUUAUAAGUGAAAGAGCAGCUCAACACAUAAAGGCAAAAAGGUUGCCUGUCAAUGGAACAAUAUCAGGUGUUGGGUCCACAUUAACAAGAACAAAUCAUAUGAUUCAACUUGAACUUGGUUCAAGGUAUGAUGAUCAGCUUAAUCUGAAGGUUAAUGCGUAUGUUAUAUCUACCAGACUUACAACACAACUUCCAAAUAAGUUAAUACCAAUUGGUGAUUGGCCGCACAUUCAGGGCUUAAAUUUAGCAGAUCCAAGUUUCAAUAAGCCCGGGAAGAUAGAUUUAUUAUUGGGAGUCGAAGUUUACGCACAAAUUAUGCUAGGAGAAUUAAUUAAGGGUCCACCAAACACUCCUUGCGCUCAGAAUACAAUGUUAGGUUGGAUUAUAUUUGGAAAAACAAACACACAAUACGAAAACAAUAACGUUAUUUCUCUUCAUUGUCUAGAUGUCAAGAUAGAUGAAAUGAUGAAACUAUUGUGGGAACUAGAACCAACAACUAAACGUGAAUUAACACCUGAAGAACGACGCUGUGAAGAAAUUUAUUCAUCAACACAUUCGAGAACUAAAGAUGGAAGAUAUAUAGUGAAGUUGCCUUUGAAAAGAGACCCACCUAUGAUAAGUCAAGGGAGAACAAGAGAAAUAGCUUUAAAGAGACUAGAAUAUUUAGAGAAGCGCUUUGAAAAGAAUAAAGAGUUGAAGGAUGAUUAUACUAAGGUGAUUCAAGAAUACCUCGAAUUGAAUCAUUUAGAAGAAGUUUCCGAGGACGAAAAAGAUAAUGCAGCUGUCUAUCUUCCACACCAUGCGGUCGUGAGAACAGACAAAGAUACUACUAAAACAAGAGUAGUUUUCGACGCGUCAUGUAAAGGUUUGAAUAAUGUGUCCCUUAACGACGACUUGAUGGUGGGACCGACAUUGCAAGAAGAUUUAAGGUACCUAAUUAUGCGUUGGAGAUUGAAACCAAUUUGUUUUGUUGCCGACAUAGAGAAAAUGUACAGAGCAGUUAUUGUUGAGCGUGGCCAUCAAGAUAAUCAAAGAAUACUGUGGCGCAAUAAUCCAAGUGAUGAGGUUCGAGACUAUAGACUGCUGCGAGUAACCUUUGGCACCGCAUCCGCACCAUUCUUGGCCAUUCGAACUUUGCAUCAGGUAGCUAACGAUGAAGGUAGAAAUUAUGAUAUCGAGUCACAAAUAAUUAAGGAAGAUUUUUUUGUAGAUGAUUUGAUUUCUGGACGAGACACGGUGGACGAAGCUGUAGAUUCUGCAAACAAAAUAACACAAAUAUUAAAUAAUGGUGGCUUUUUGAUCAAGAAGUGGUCAUCAAACAGUGAAUCGUUUUUACAACAAUUGAAACCACUUCAAAUUAAUUCUGAAACAAAUAUAGAUAUAAAAACUGAAGGAAUAAUUAAAACCUUGGGACUUACCUGGAAUCGGAUCCACGAUGAAUUAAGAUAUCAAUUAAAAUUUAAAACUACACCUGAAAAACUAACUAAAAGGAUAAUAUUAGCCGAAGCACAAAAACUAUUCGAUCCUCUUGGCUUUUUGGCUCCGACAAUAAUUCCUGCAAAAAUAAUUAUCCAAAAACUCUGGGUUCAAGGCGUUGCUUGGGACGAAGAGACAUCACCUGAAAUAAAAAAGGAAUGGUUAAUAUUAAGAAAAGGAUUAGAAAAGGUUAAUGAAGUGAAAAUAAAAAGAUGGUUACAUACAUUUAAGGAUUCGAUGAAUACUAUCACAGUUCAUGGAUUUUGUGACGCUUCUACGGUGGCCUACGCAGCAGCUGUGUAUUUGAGAGUAGUAAUGAAUGAUAGACAAAUACACACCGGGUUGAUAGCAGCAAAGGCAAGAGUCGCUCCAGUUAAACCAGUUUCUUUGCCAAGAUUGGAACUUUGUGGAGCUGUAAUUCUUUCUAGGCUACUUAAACAAGUUCAAGAAGCACUUAGAAUAUCUAACACUCAAAUUUUUGCAUGGACAGACUCAAAGAUAGUUAUGGCAUGGUUAACAGGUGACCCAGCUCGUUGGAAUGUUUUUGUAAGCAAUCGAGUAGUUGAGAUAAUAGAUAAUAUAGGGAAUAAAAAAUGGCAUCACGUAACAUCGGAAAAUAAUCCUGCUGAUAUAGCAAGCAGAGGAGAAAACUUACCUGAUCUUAUUAAAAAUAAAUUAUGGUGGAAUGGGCCAAAUUGGCUUCAGACUGAUGAUAUUCCCUUUGCAAAGGGUAAUCCAGAUUCAACGGACUUAGAAAGAAAGAAUACUAUUAUGCUAAAUUUAAAAAUUGAGGACACAAUUAAAAAUACUCUUAAAUUCGAAAUAUUUGAUUCUUUACAGGAAAUGCUACGAGUAAUAGUGUAUGUUUUAAGAUUUUUGAAUUACAAAAAGGGACAAAUUACAACUGAUAAAAGCAUUAAGGUAAUAGAAAUGGAAGAUGCAUUAAAAAGAAUAAUAAAAAUAGAACAAAGAAAGGAUUUUGCAGAAGAAAUAGAAAGGUUGAAGAAUAAAAGAAAUUUAAGCAAAAACAGCAAACUCCUUUCUCUGAAUCCAAUAUUAGAUGAUGCUCACAUUCUCAGGGUGGGCGGUAGAAUAAGACACGCAAACAUACCUUUAGAUUCAAAACACCCGAUGAUUCUUGGUUCCGAAAGCGAUUUGGUCACGUUAAUCAUCGCAGAUGCGCACAAGAAAACAUUGCAUGGGGGUUUGGAACUCACGUUAAACUAUUUAAGAGCUCGUUUUUGGAUUCUGAGGGUGAAGUCAACAGUCAAAAAAUAUAUACAUAAAUGUAUAAUAUGCGCUAAACUUAAAGCGAGUAGUAGUUGUCAACUUAUGGGAGACUUACCUAAAGCACGAGUCACUCCAGCACGACCCUUCAUAAAUUCUGGUGUUGACUUUGCAGGUCCCUAUGAUAUAUUAAUGACUAGAGCACGAGGUGUAAAAACUACAAAGGCAUAUAUUUCUAUUUUUGUAUGUAUGUGCACAAAGGCCAUACAUAUAGAAUUAGUAGGCGAUCUGUCCUCUCAAUCGUUUAUAGGUGCUUUCAGACGAUUUGUAGCACGACGAGGCAGGUGCACAGAUAUUUGGAGUGAUCAGGGAAGAAAUUUUGUUGGAGCUAACAAGGAAUUAGUAGAAGCAUGGUCACAGGCUGGUCUCAAUUUUAAGGACAACAUAGCAGACAUUCUAGCACAAGAGGGUACACAGUGGCAUUUUAUUCCUGCCUACAGUCCUAAUUUUGGAGGUCUUUGGGAGGCGGGAGUGAAAUCAAUGAAAUACCAUCUAAAAAGAAUAUUAAAUACAAAUGUAACGUUCGAAGAGAUGACUACAAUUUUGUGUGAAAUUGAAGCUUGUUUAAAUUCACGUCCACUAUGUUCAAAGGCUAGUAAUGAUAUUGAUAAUGUAGAUGUGCUGACACCUGGGCAUUUCCUAAUUGGUGAAGCUCCAAUUACUAUCCCAACUCCAACCUUGUCUAAUUUACAGACAAAUUAUUUAUCACGAUGGCAGCACACGCAAAAACUAGUACAAACCUUCUGGCAUCGCUGGCAGUCGGAAUAUUUAACUCGACAGCAACAAAGACCAAAGUGGCAAACAAAACAAUCUGAAAUGGACAUAGGAGAUGUGGUUGUGAUAAAAGAAGAUAACUUACCACCCAGUAAAUGGGCUCUUGGUCGUAUUGUUGAGAAACAUCCUGGAGAAGAUGGUAUUUGUCGAGUGUAUAGCGUUAAAUAUCGCGGUAAAAUAAUAAAACGUUCCGUUACUAAGUUAUGCCAAUUAUCAAUUAAAUAAACAGUUAAUGAAUA